UUUUAUGUAGAAGGUGGGAUUAUUUCACCAUAUUGCGCAUUGCAGUUUCUCCCAUUCAUAAGUAACAAGAGUGCACCAUCUUUAUGUAUCUAAUGUCUUUGGUUAUUUCUUCCUAAAUCAAUCAUUUAUCUUUUCUCAGAUGCCCCCCAAAACAUGUCAACGAUUCCCUCCAGCUCUGUGUUGGAGGGCAGUUCAGUGACUCUGAUCUGCAGCAGUGAUGCAAAUCCAGCAGUGAUAUACACCUGGUCCAGAGAGAGUGAAGGACAGUUGAAGCAGCUGCAGACUGGACACACUCUUACCUUCAAUAGGACCGACCCGACACACAGAGGCUGGUACCACUGUACAGCUCAGAACCAACACGGCAGCCAAAACUCAUCAGUGAUGCUGGACAUUCAAUAUGUUCCUCAGAUCUCCACUUCCUCCAGCUGUAGCAGAACUGAUGUAACUGUGUGUUUCUGUGAGACUGAUGGGAAUCCCUCUCCUGAACUGGAGUGGCAUCUGUCUGGACGUCCUGUCACUAACUCUUCAAAUACGUUCAUCAGUGAAGAGCGAUUGAGCAGCACAGGCUUGAGGAGCUCCAUCACUCUUCAUCAGUCUCUCACACACACAUCCACUCUGCAGUGUGUCAGCAGAAACACUCAUGGCACAGAUAAAAAAAUGUUUGAUCUGGUUCUCACUCCUCUACAGUUUACAGGAUGUCAACAAGUUAAAAUUCCCCUCCUGAUCAUUCUGGGUCUGUACGCUCUGACUGUUGGACUUGGACUCUACAAAAUGAGACAAUUGUCUGCAAAACUGAAGGCUCAGAAUGAGGCAGACGGCACAUAUGCUUCUCUUCAGCUCUCUGCUCCAGCCUCUGAAUAUGAGACUUUGAACAUUAAGAGAGAUAGGUGACACACAAUAAACAACAAAUACACAUUUAUUUUCUCUUUUGUUUUCUACAGUUUAAAAUCUACUGUAUAUACACAUAUGUAUCCACAUAAAAGACUCUGAUAUCUUAUUUAAAUCUGUCUAAAUCAGUUAGUAUGUAGGUCAUUCCUUGUCAAAUCAACCAAAUUUCUGAAAUUUCCCCAGCUCAAAUUUUUAAUUUUAUUUUUUUUCUGAAUAAAGACAAACAUGUAUAGUGAUGAAAGCCAAAAUAUCAAACGCCAUGGAUGCAUAUGAGGGCUGUCCGGAAAGUAUCCAGCCUUGUGAUAUGAAAAAUAGAGACAUUUAUCAAAGAAGAUACAAAAUGUAAGAAACAUUGCACGAAGGACAAUUACGCCUCAGUCCCCUUCAGAGUAGGCACCUAUUAAUAGAGUGGACCUGAAAAGCUUUUCUUAAUGCAUGAAUGCUGAGCAGGAAGCUGAUAGUGUUGCCACAUUUAUUUUUAAUACUGAAAAGGAUAUUGACUGAUAUUGAAGUCACAGUUUACAUUAGUUUGAUUUUGCAAUGAUUUUUCAUUGUGUUAAUAAAAUCAGUCACCUGUUAUUUUAAAUUCUAGAGAAAUUUACUGUUUUAAUUUUUUUAGAGUAGCUUAAUGCACCAGUUUUGUGAUUUUAUAUUUUAUAGAGAAACAAAAAUAU